AUGAAUGGGCUGGAGAAGAAGAUAUUUCCAAUCAACGAGUGGGAAUGGCAUACUUUGGAAAGGGAUUUGGCGCAUUGGAUCAGAACUUCGGGUUACAGAUUGGAUCAGAGUGAGCAACGUCCCUUUCGUCGCGUUGGAUUUUACACAUUGAUGAGCGGGGUAACAUCUGGUUAUUUAAUUCACUUCUUGCUGGGAAAUCUACCCAGAGUUCCCAAAAAAACUACUCGUAUUGUGAUUUCCAUCUUCUCUGGUUUGUAUUCUUCAGCAGUUAGUACUAGAAUGUUGAGAAAGUCUGUUUUCUCUCAAGUGCUGGAAAUGAACAGUCCCCUCGGUGACACUGCACGACAGAUACUAUUGAAUGCCCGCAAUAAUCAGAUAAUGCAACAAAAUUUCAGGCAAUCCACUGAAUUUGUAUCUCCAGCCACAGAAUAUGAGUCACUUAAUUCGGGAGAUAUACUAAAUGACCCCUAUGACACUAAUAGCAACAUGCAACUGACUAGUAUGAAUAAUAAGCUUGAUGUACACAAAGAAUCCGAUGACAAUAGUAAUGUUAAUGGAUUAGGUAAUAUUGGUCGCGAGAAGUUCCGUUCCUGGGAGGAUAUCAGGAAGAAAAACUAG